CAGGUGGUCAAGCAAGCUGUUUAACUUGCCCAUCAGGAUACUUCUGUCUAAGCAACACCAGCGACCCCUAUAUCUCACCCUGUCCACAGGGUCACUACUGCCCAGGUGGCACUGAAUAUGACACUCAAUACCCCUGUGAGGCUGGUACCUAUAACCCAUACACACAGAGAACAAACAGCAGCGCAUGUGAGCUGUGUCCCCCAGGGCAAUACUGCCAGGGGGCAGGUCAACAUCAACCCACAGGCAACUGUUCUGCAGGCUGGUUCUGUACAGGAGGUGCAUAUGCCUCAAUGCCUAUAACACUUGGUAAGUACA